UUUUUCUGACGCCAACGAUCUUGGCUUUCCCCCGCCGCCUGUUUGCAAGUAUUGGCAUCAUCGGCCGAUGAAUGCUGAAUGAAAGCCCAAGAGACAACAAGAUAGUCCGUUCAUCAGAGGAUCAGCAAACAACACCAACAUCAUGAACAGUUUACCAGCUUUUCUCGUCAGUGUCUUGUUCAGUCUGCAAGCCAUUGUGUGCUGUCAAGCAUGGAGUCCACAUCAGAGUGUUGCUGGUAGAAUCCACCGCCAUGUCAAGACAAGCUGGAGUAUUAAUCUCAAGGCCAAUGCGAAUGGUAAUACUAUGGAUGAAGAAUUAUGGGACAACGACCAAUCCUUUCUUCCAUCCCGCCGAUCGUGGUUGCUCCAAUCGGCAGCGGCAUUGACCGUCAUGGCAGCACCCACUUUUGCUUCCAACGCGGCAACAUCAGACGCCAAAGUGACGGAUCGCAUCUUUCUCGAUAUCAAGGGUUUGGGAUCCGAAGGACCCAAACGCCUCGUCAUUGGUCUUUUUGGGAAUGAGGCGCCCCAAUCCACCAGCAUGCUCAAACAACUCGUCGACAGUUCCAAAGGACUCCCGGCACCCUGCAAACCCAAGGCGGAACGGACCCUGCAAAAGGAACAACUCGAAGCCAACAAAGUAUACAACACGUGUAUCGAAGCCAAAGACAAGGGAGUCAAUUACGAAUACAGUCAGAUUUGGAGAAUUAUACAAAACGAACGCAUCGAUGUCGGAUCCGUAUCCGGCAAAUUCAUUGCUCGAGAAUAUCCCAAUUGGCAAGAAAAAGAAAACAAUCAACUCUUACACGAUGCUCCCGGGAUUGUCUCGGUUCGCAAAGGCAACGAUUCGGGAUUUGGAUUUACCAUUUAUCCCGGAGGCGGUAGCAACGCCGUCCAGGCAUUACUGGACGAAGAACACAUUGUCGUGGGACGGGUGGAAAACCUCGAACUCGUGCAAGAACUCAAUCAAGUCCCCGUCAUUCAGUCCAGCAAGGUCAAUUACAUGGGACUGACUGGAGGACCCACUACCAAGUCGGCACCCACACGAGCGUGUCAAUAUGGAGGACCCAUGUACUGCAAUGAAAACAAACCACUCAUCAAACUCAGUGUCAUGAAUUCGGGUGUGUUGUAACAACAUAACGAUGCGAUGCUAUUCGAUUCAUUCUCAAAACUACUUAGUUGUGCGAUAGCUAGCUAGACUUGAGCCAUUCUUUAUGACGUGAUUACAUUGGAA